CAACAGCUCUUCUCCUUUCAUAUUUAAUUGAAAAUGCUUGAUGAGACAAAAUACAUUAAGCCAUAAAUUCAUCAAUUUUGCAAAGCCAGUUUUUAUACCCAGGGACCUUACACCACUCAUCAUUUUAAGUACAAUAGUCCUUUUUCCUUUUCACAAUAUCUUGGAACCGCCACCACCAUAUCAUCCAUUUUGAAAAAUGGAUGUUCCUUUUGAAAGUGCAAAAUUCUGUUCUUGCUCAGGAUCCAGAAUUCUGUUUGGUUGUUGUGAGAUAGCAUUGAUUUUAUGGUAACUACGGAAUAUAAGUUGCAGCAGCAGCAGCACAAUUGGAUGGAGGAGAGAUGGCAAGUGUGCAUUUUCUCACCACUUCAAACACCAGCUGGACUAUAAAUAGCCUUGGCAGAAUUCAUUUUUUUCUUUAUAAUUCCAACCAUUUAUUUUUGAGCUUUAUUCUAUUUAACAAUGUAGCUGUUCAAAGCUGUGGGAAAGGGAAGAUCCGACAACGAAACUGAUGGCAGUGGAUAGUGAAAGUCAAAAAGUUAGAACUUUAUGACAAACACAAAUUCUCAACAUCACGUCAAUGGAUACAAAUUAAACAGCCUUAAAGCCAAUUGUGAUACGGUCUCAAGCAGCAUUUUUCUAACUGUGCCUAGCACAGGUGCUGGAACUAGGGGGGCUCCCGCAUCCCAGGGCUUGAAGUGGUUUCCAUUAUAUACACGAUUUACAGUUUGCUUCAGUGGCUCUCAGCGCCCUCACUGUACAAACGGUUCCAGGCCCCCCUUGCCUAGCUGUGAAUUGCCAUUAGCGAUGGGUAGAUUUGGUUCGAUUCGGACUCUCCAGGAAUGCCCGGAACUAAUGCGAGGCUGCCCACGAUCAGCCUGAGGCACCGUUCCACACCCGCCCUGCAGCGGCGCCUGUGACGCUUCUCUGGGCUGCACGUUGCAGCCCCCGGAGACCCAUCUUAGUGCCCGCGGCCCCCUGAUCUGCGAGGCCCUGCGCGGCACCGGGCGAUCGGCCUUGCGUCAUCACAGGGGCAACGCUCCGAGGCUGCGCGCGCUCCCUCCAGUUCCCGGUCAAGCUCGCGGCCCGGGGCCAAAGCGGCACCAACGGCUGGCGGCCUGCAGGCGGUGACAGGGGGAGGAGCCGCAGGAACACCCAGCGCUCGCGCGGCUCCCGGCCAACCGCUCCCCUCCCCGCGCGCUCCGCCCACGCCGCUCGGGGAGGAGCCACGCGCCCGCCCCGCCUGGUUCUUUGUGCUCGGAGUCGGUCGGGACUCAGCAGCAGCCUCGAGUCUCCGUCGCCCCCGAUCACCAUGUCGUUGGGAGUCGGCCCGGAGGCGGGAUUCUCCAGCGAGGAGCUGCUGACCCUGCGCUUCCCCCUGCACCGCGCCUGCCGCGACGGGGACCUGCCCACCCUGUGCGCGCUGCUGCAGGGCUCGCCCCGCUCCGACCUGGCCGUCGAGGACUCCUUCUACGGCUGGACACCCAUCCACUGGGCCGCGCACUUCGGCAAGCUGGAGUGUCUAAUGCAGUUAGUGAGAGUUGGCGCUACUGUAAAUGCCUGUACAACACGUUUUGCCCAAACACCAGCCCAUAUUGCUGCUUUUGGAGGACAUCCUCAGUGCCUGAUCUGGUUGGUUCAAGCAGGGGCCAACAUAAACAAGCAGGAUUAUGUUGGUGAAACCCCUAUUCAUAAAGCAGCACGAUCUGGUAGUAUGGAUUCCAUAAGUGCCCUUGUAGCUCAUGGAGCUCAAAUAGACUUGAGAAAUGCCAGUGGACUGACAGCAGCAGAUCUUGCACAUACCCAGGGCUUCCAAGAGUGUGCCCAGUUUCUCUUGAAUCUCCAGAACUGUCACCUGAACCGUUUCUUUAGCAAUGGCACGUUAAAUGGAGGUCCCAAUCCAGUCAAUGGUGGGACAAGUCGAAAGAGAUCCUUUGAAGAUGUGGAUUCUGCUGGAGUAAAGAAAGCUAGGACUGAAGCUCAUAGCUUUGAUGGCUUAAUACCAAUGAUGAAUGGAGGAAAUGAGGAUGAUGCUGACAAUAUGCACAUUGAUAAAGAGCUUGCUGUUGUAUCAGAUAUGAAUAGCAGUAGCUCCGUUUUGAAUGCAUUGACAAAUGGAUGUACCAUCAAUGGACAUUUGGACUUCACCGCCAUAACACAGUUCAAUGGAAUGGAUGCCAGGCAUGAAGAAUGUUUAACAUUAAUACCUAAUGGAAUAACUCCUGGUGUCGCUUCUGCCAAUAGGCACAGAAUUCACACCAGUAAUGGUACUGAAGAACCAGAAAAAGUCAUGAAUACUUCUGCCGAUAUGUGUGGUUCACUGCAUCUGAAUGGAAGCCCAAGUAGCUUUGUGUCUAACAGGCCCUCAUGGGUUGAAGAUCUUGGAGAUACUUUGCACUAUGGACAUUAUCAUGGUUUUGGGGAUACUGCUGAAAGCAUCCCUGAACUUAACAGUGUUGUUGAGCAUUCCAAUUCUGUUAAAGUUGAACAGAAAUACGAUAAUACUGUCUUAGGCACAAUGUAUCUUUAUCAUGGUUCCUAAAUCAACAUAUUCUUGUUUGUCAAAUUCAUGUUGAAAUUGCUAGCAAAUGUGACAAAAAAUUCUCACCUAGCAUUAAAUCUGAAGAAUGCAACUAUUACUAUUUUUACACUUUGUUUAUAUAAAAAGUAAACCUUUCAUUUGACAGUCUUCUACUAUAGUUCUAAUUUGUUGCAUGUAUGGGGCUUAUUUAGUGAUGCAAGUAGGUGGUGUUACAAUGAAAUGUUUAUUCUUUGCAUUUUACUAUGGAAUGUUGUGGUUUUGUACUUUUUUUUUUAUUUUUAUUUUUUUUAUUUCCAAGCUAGUGAACAUUAUCUUUCCCCUUUUUUAAAAAUGUUUUCCCUCUUAUUAAUAUGAUCACACUGUAUUGAAUUUUGUGCAGAAAACAAGUUGUGUGUUUGUGCAUCACUCUUGAAGUAAAUAUUUUCCUUUUUUGUAUUUUCUGCUGAAGCUAUGGUAGCAACAUCAAUGCCAGCUGUCACUAUGCAAGGUUUGAAAAGUGGUGUUCUUAAAGGAGUUUCUCUGAUUUACAAAUUUGUGCGUUUAAUAGAAUUGAAAGUUCAUCUUUACUUUCUAUGACAAAUUAAAUGUUAAAAAUGCAACGACAAACUUUUGAAAAAUGUUUCACUUUAAUGUAGCAUAGGAAUUAUUUUCUUCUUUGUUAGGGCCCUUUGCAUUAUAGAAGUGGAAAAGCAGAUUACCCAUAUUGGUUGCAAGUCACGGUUGGUUCUGAUUUUUGGCCUUUUUUAUUUUGCUUCUCUACUUUAAAUGUGUGCUUGAUAUUUUACCAUAGCUCACAGCCUGGAGGCAUGUUGGCACUGUUUUUGCUUUUUAUGCAAUUUAAAAUUACUGCUACUUGUUAUAGAAAUCGUCAGGUCAAAAUAUUUGACUGAUUUUGAUAUACUGUACAUAUAUUUUGUUUGCUUUGUGUUUUUUUUACAACUGCUUUGAAAAUCUAAUGCUGUGUAUAUCUAGCCAGUUAAGAUACUUUUAGGGCUAUGUUAACUGAAAAUACAUUGUAUUUAAAGCUUAUUACAAAAGUAAACAUUCAUACAAGUGCUCUGUACAAACAUUAAAUAAUGUAAGAUACUACUUUUGUGAUUUGAUAAACGAACGGUGGGAGAAUAUAUUAAACAAGAGAAAGCCAGUAA